AUAAAUGGGUCGGCAACGCCAACAGUCCGAAGAUAUAAGAGUCCGGUCUCGGUCUAGGAUCCUCCUACCCUAGACAAAGUGUGCAAGUCUGCAGUGCGAACUCGGAAGGGCGGCCGUUGCAUGAUCAUUCUCUAGCUUUCUCUGUCAGUGUCACCGCCAUUGCUGCCGCUUCACCUUAGAGCGGCGCUUUGCGCUGCCAAUCCGCUUCUGAGCUCAGCUUUGCCUCCCCAAAUUCAAAAAAGUGCAGCUAGGUUCGAAGGAGGACAAGCAAUCAACUCACCGGCAGCAGAUCAGCGAUUGAUAACGGAGACGGGUGCUCAAGCACAAAUGUUAGUUCGCAAAACGACGGUUUUGAGCAUUAGGGACAAGGCAAGGCCCUAAUACCAAUCAUACGCUGCCAGCACAUCACAGCCACCAUGCUGCUUCGCGUAGCCUUCACCUCUCCCCGCACCUUAGCCUUCUUUGCCCCUGCCACUCGGGCAAUGUCUGCAUGGGCCGGCUCCCUAAGUUUCGAAACCCCAAGCGAAUUCCCCUUGCACCGUUCUGCGGACCGUAGCUCCCCGGAGGAAGCUGAUAGUCAGCCGACAGUCUCUGGUCGGGCCACCUCUGUAUUUGGGGGACUUUUCAGUGCUAGGGAUGGUGGUGGUAGAGAAGGCGCUUCGUUUUCCGAGCUGCCAGACGUUUCGAAACCGGAGGGGACGCGCUCGGUCUGGGAGGGGUAUCGGUUAAUGGCAGUACCAAAAAGGAAGGUUUCACCAUCCCGAAAUGGACUUCGUUUCCAGCAUAAGUGGCUGAAACCAGCGCAUGGGCUCAUCAAGUGCAAAGGUUGCGGCAAGGUAACCGUACGGCACAGGUUCUGCAAUUGUGGACUCAUCCCUCAAUCAGAGGCCGAAGCUCCCCAGAACGAAGCUGCAAGCUAAGCACCUUGUGGAUAAUAUGGAAACCGAAAACUUCCAAACCUCGUUUGUUUCAUAUCUGCCGCGGGGAGAGACAUGUACAUGCCAGCUGGCACGAUAAGGAUACACCACGCCGGUGUGUCUUAUAAAUGUUCGACCGGCCUAGUUAAAUCUGUAAGUAGCUUGGCCGUAUAUGCGCAGCCGCCUGCCUGGAAGAUAUGUGGCGGCCGGAAUGGGUGGCGAUAGCUGAAACACCCUCACUUCUCAUGUGGUCGAUAUGAUCAUGACAAACAGCUAAGUUACUAUCUGCCCUGCCAUGCCAGC